AUGUCCGAGACUGCGCCCGCCGCCCCUGCCGCUCCGGCCCCAGCCGAGAAGACGCCGGUCAAGAAGAAGGCCCGUAAGUCUGCAGGUGCCGCCAAGCGCAAGGCAUCCGGCCCCCCGGUGUCCGAGCUCAUCACCCGGGCAGUGGGUGCCUCCAAGGAGCGCAGCGGCGUGUCCCUGGCCGCGCUCAAGAAGGCGCUGGCGGCCGCCGGCUACGACGUGGAGAAGAACAACAGCCGCAUCAAGCUGGGCCUCAAGAGCCUGGUGAACAAGGGCAUCCUGGUGCAGACCAAGGGCACCGGCGCCUCGGGCUCCUUCAAGCUCAACAAGAAGGCCGGCUCCGGGGAAGUCAAGCCCAAAGCCAAGAAGACAGGCGCGGCCAAGGCCAAGAAGCCUGCGGGCGCAAAGAAGGCCAAGAAGGCGGCCGGGACAGCCACCCCGAAAAAGAGCGCCAAGAAGACCCCCAAGAAAGCAAAGAAGCCAGCUGCGGCUGCGGGAGCCAAAAAAGCCAAAAGCCCCAAAAAGGCUAAGGCAGCCAGGCCCAAGAAGGUGCCCAAGAGUCCAGCCAAGGCCAAAGCGGUAAAACCUAAGGCGGCUAAGCCAAAGACCGCCAAGCCCAAGGCAGCUAAGCCAAAGAAGGCAGCAGCCAAGAAGAAAUAGAAAGUCGCUUUGGCCAAUUGUUACAGGCUUCCU